AUGUCGAAUCAAAUAUAUUCUGCCAAGUACUCUGGUGUAGAUGUCUAUGAAUUCAUCCAUCCUACGGGAUCCAUUAUGAAGAGGAAGAAUGACGGUUGGGUCAAUGCUACUCAUAUAUUGAAAGCUGCAAAUUUUGCAAAAGCCAAGAGAACCAGAAUUCUAGAGAAAGAAGUGCUGAAAGAAAUGCAUGAAAAAGUUCAAGGUGGCUUUGGUAAAUAUCAAGGUACCUGGGUUCCACUCAAUAUUGCAAUAAAUCUAGCUGAGAAAUUUGAUGUGUAUCAAGAUCUCAAACCUUUAUUCGACUUUAGUGAAGAGAAUGGAGACGCAGCCCCACCACCAGCACCUAAACAUCACCAUGCAUCAAAGGCGUCAUCAGCAAAGGCCAAGAAAGCUGGUAGAAGCGUGAGCUCACCUGCAAUGAACGAUUCUAAAACAAGGGCUAGUACAAGAAAAGCAAACACACCAUCAAGCAAUGACAUAACGUCUGAUUCUGGCGCUGUUGUUAAUCCAGUAGUGACACGGAGGAGGGGUAGACCACCAAAUAGCACUCUGACCAAUAAACGAAAAUUAGGAACUGGUCUGCAAAGAUCUCAGAGUGAAAUGGCUUUUCUGAAACCCGAAAUACCGAAUGAUCUGAACUCUAAUGAUAUUGCAAAUAUCCAGCAGGUAAAUAGUGGUGAUUUACUGAGAAAUGAAAAAAUACAGAAGAAUAUCCAAUUAAAAGAAAUAGAUUUAGAUGAUGGAUUAUCCAGCGAUGUUGAAGUACAGGAGACAGACACAUUCCAACCUAACCAUCAAUCUUCAUUAUUAGGAGCUGAGGGUCAUGAGUUAAGAAAUAAUGAUUCGCCUCUAUCUCCAUCAUCAUCAUCUUCUCUGCCAACAUCUCCUGCCAAUCUUAACGACAGCAAUCCAUUUGAUCAAAGAUUAGGAGGUGGGGGCACUUCACCUAUAAUAAGCUUAAUCCCUCGAUAUUCAGUGCAAUCACGCCCACAAGUCACGGAUAUUAAUGAGAAAGUUAAUGAUUAUCUAACUAAAUUAGUCGAUUAUUUCAUUUCUAAUGAAAUGAAGUCAAAUAAAACUGUGCCUCAGGAGUUGCUUCAUCCGCCAACACAAAGUGCACCUUUUAUCGAUGCUCCUAUAGAUCCAGAAUUACAUACCGCCUUUCAUUGGGCUUGCUCAAUGGGUAAUCUACCAAUUGUAGAGGCUUUAUACGAGACAGGCACAAAUAUCAGAGCAGCAAAUGCAAACGGACAGACACCAUUGAUGAGAAGUGCAAUGUUUCACAACUCAUACACAAGAAGAUCUUUUCCUAGGAUAUUUGAGCUACUGAGUGAAACAGUUUUUGACAUUGACAGCAUGGGUCAAACAGUUCUUCAUCAUAUUGUAAAAAGGAAGUCAUCCACUCCUUCUGCAAUAUAUUAUGUCAACGUGCUACUGUCAAAAAUAAAGGAUAUUUCUCCAAAGUACAGGAUAGAACUUUUGCUAAAUACCAAAGAUGCCAACGGUGAUACAGCACUACAUAUUGCGGCAAGAAAUAAUGAUAGGGAAUUUUUUGACAUACUCAUAAAAAAUGGUUCUUUGAGCACUAUAUCCAAUAAUGAUGGACAAACACCAACGGAAAUAAUGAACCAACAUUAUCAAGAUCUGCAUUUGCAAGCUCAAACCAAUAUCGCUGGCUCCAAUACAUCAGCAUAUACCGAUAGCUUUUCGUCGUUUGGCGGCAAAGUAAAAGGCAGCAAACUACAUUCCAUCUCCGAAUUAGAUGAUGAUAAAAAUACACAGAAUCCAGAAAACACAGUUACUAACAUAGUGUCUAAUCUACAUUUCAGCUCCAAUGCAGCUAUCAAUCUAGUCAAAAAUAUUCCAGCAUUUACUGACUCGAUGAAACAUCUUGCAGAAAAGUUCGAUGGGUCCUAUAAAAAUCAUGAGGAGAGCUGUAGAUCUACUGAAAAAAUGCUGGGCAGUAUCAAACGAACUGUACAUUCAACAGAUAAUCGAAUCAGAGAAAUACUGGAAACGGAUGCUGACGCCGAUAUUUCAUCAGCAAUCCUGGCUCAGGAGAAGGAUAUAACUGAGUUGAAAAUAGAAGCAGAGAAUCACUUGAGGAAGUUGAAAAACCAAUUUGAGUAUUUGCAAAAGCAACGGUUGUUGAAACUGACAGAAUAUCACAAUGGCGAACAUAAUGAUACAGAUAACACUCUGGAUAACAAGAUUGAAAUAUGUAAGCAGAUUAGUGUAUUACAGAUCGAGCGAAAGAGAAAAAUAUCAGAGUUAAUCUCGCAUUAUGAGGAUAGCAGAAAAAUCCAUAAAUACAGAAGGAUGAUUAGCGAAGGUACAGAAAUGAAGACAGAAGAAGUGGAUGGCUGCUUGGAUAUAAUUUUACAGACCUUGAUAAAUAAUAGUUCGUAA